AAAUAUUUUUAAUUGGUCUUGGUUUGAAUAUUCACGCACGCUUAAAACUAUCAGCAUUAUCUAUUGAUCGAAUUAUUCGUAAAAUAGCUCAAAUUUUUAUUGAUAAUAUUAAUAAAAAUAUUAGAAAUUAUAAUCCAACUAGGGAUAACUCAGGUGUAACACAGUCUUUAGUAAUGAACAUCAAAGCUGUAAGUCAAGAUUUCUGCCGCUUGGUGUUCGUUUAUAUACUAGUAUUGAAGAAAUCAAAAGUAGGCAUUUAUUAUCCAUUGCGAGAUGUGGAUAACGUAAAGGAAAUUUUUGAAUUUUUGGCCUCACAACAAGCUUUAAUUGGACGAUUCUUAAUGGUCAAAAAUUUAUUCUGA